AUGAUUUCCCAUCCUUCCUGUGUCCGAAGUCGGCUUGUUGAUCGACCUUGGUCAGAAACCCCAAAGCAUCCCGUUGUCCUUGCGCAUGGGCUUUUAGGUUUUGAUGAGUUGCGACUUGCUGGCCCUCUCCUUCCUGGAGUUCAGUACUGGCGCGGAAUUAAGGAAGCUUUGACCCUGAAAGGAGUCAAAGUCAUCACUGCAACUGUGCCUCCUUCAGGGUCCAUUGAGAUGCGCGCGAAGGAGCUGGUGAAGGAUAUAGAUGAGGGCGCUCAGGGAAAAGCUGUAAAUAUUAUCGCGGGUCUUGAUGCUCGGUACAUGAUAAGUCGUCUAAGACCGAAGAAGUUCAAGGUCUUGUCUUUGACAACAAUUGCAACUCCUCAUCGAGGUUCUGCGGUUGCAGAUUAUGUCCUUGAGCGGAUUGGCGACGAACGGCUACCCCAGUUAUAUUAUGCUCUCGGAAAAUUCAAGGUUGAAACUGGCGCCUUUUCUCAGUUGACGCGCAAGUACAUGGAAGAUACGUUCAAUCCAACGACGCCUGAUGUUGAGGACGUUCGUUACUUCAGCUACGGCGCAGCGAUGCAACCAAGCUUUUGGUCUAUGUUCCGCUUGUCCCAUCGCGUUCUCCAAGAGCUAGAAGGAUAUAACGAUGGGCUAGUCAGCGUCGCUAGCAGCAAAUGGGGAAAAUACAAAGGUACCCUUGAAGGGGUCAGCCACCUGGACCUGAUCAACUGGACCAACAAGUUCAAGUGGCUUGCGGGUGAGAUAACUGGAAACAGGCAACGGUCUGUGAAAUCUCUCCCUGGCCACGAGUCCGUCCACUAA